CUCUCUCUCUCUGCCUCUCUCCCUUCUUUCUCUACUACUUCUCUCUUCUUAUGCCUUGGUGAGAAUCUUGGAAAUAUAUAUGAAAUGCUUUCAAAACCAAAAAUUUCAAGAGGCAAACAACAAAGCCUGUGUACAAGCUCAAAAAAGACAAGGAGUUGUUGGAGCUACUUAGAUGAAGGAACUUGGAUAACAUAUUCGGACAUCAAUCGCACCCAUUCAUUUUGAAAGGGGGUGUUGUGGGCGAAACCACCGGGCAUUAGCCUCAGUGUUACACUCGAAGGGUCCGCAUUCCACUCUCUGUGACCGUGACCGCGCGUUCAGCUGCUACAGCGUCCUGUUUUUCGUCCUUAUGUGCUCCCUGCCCUGCAAUCGGACCCCAUCGUGCUCGAGUUCCCAGGAGACCAGUCGCACCAGCGGAGAAAAAAGAUGGGAGAAGAAGCGUAGAAGAAGUAGAACGAGAAGAGCAUAUAGCUUUGGUUUUCAGAGGGGAAGGAGAGAAAGAAAGGUGCCAUUUUGGCGGAUUCUUUUCCAAAAACUGGGCAAGCUCGCUUCCUUGCCUUGAAUGAUGGCUAAUGGAAUAGGACUCUUUCCACUGAUUCCUCUGUUCGCCAUUUCUUUCUUUGUCGAGCUUUGCAGUGGGGGAAAGGUUGGUGUUUGCUACGGUAGAAAUGCUGAUGAUCUUCCAACACCAGACAAAGUUGCUCAGCUUAUCCAGCUUCAUUCAAUCAAAUAUGUUAGAAUCUAUGACGCCAAUAUUCAGGUUCUCAAGGCCUUUGCUAACACUGGAGUUGAACUUAUGAUAGGAAUACCUAACUCAGACUUGCUGGCCAUCUCCCAGUACCAAUCCAAUGCUGAUACCUGGCUUAAAACCAAUAUCCUCCCCUACUACCCCGCCACAAUAAUUACCUACAUAACUGUGGGAGCCGAGAUAACUGAAAGCCCUGUCAAUGUCUCAUCUCUCGUUGUUCCUGCCAUGACUAAUGUCAACACUGCUCUAAAGAAGGUUGGAUUGCACAAAAGAAUCAAGGUGUCAAGCACUCAUUCGCUUGGUGUGCUAUUUCGGUCUUUUCCGCCGUCUGCUGGGGCUUUCGAUAGCAAGUUUGCUUUCUUUCUGAAGCCUAUGUUGGAAUUUCUGGUGGAGAAUCAGUCCCCUUUCAUGAUUGAUCUUUAUCCUUAUUAUGCUUAUAGAGAUUCCUCGGAAAAUGUUUCUCUUGACUAUGCUUUAUUCAAUCCGACGUCAGAUGUCAUUGAUCCUAACACUGGUUUGGUCUACACCAACAUGUUUGAUGCACAAAUGGAUGCUAUAUACUUUGCACUCAUGGCGUUGAAUUUUAGGACUUUGAAGGUUAUGGUUACGGAAUCCGGGUGGCCUAACAAGGGCUCAGCAAAGGAAGCUGCAGCAACUUCUGAUAAUGCUCAGUCAUACGAUACCAAUUUGAUUCGCCAUGUUAUUAAUGAUACUGGGACUCCUGCCAAGCCAGGAGAAGAGAUCGAUGUUUAUAUAUUCUCAUUAUUCAAUGAGAAUAAGAAACCGGGUUUGGAAUCGGAGAGAAAUUGGGGUUUGUUUUAUCCUGAUCAGACUAGUAUAUUCAGCCUUGAUUGGACCGGUAAGGGUAGUGUUGAUGUUGUGACUGGGGCGAACAUUACUGGCUCAAAUGGUACAUGGUGUGUUGCUUCUAGCAACGCUUCAGAACAGGACCUGAAGAAUGCAUUGGACUGGGCCUGUGGUCCUGGAAAUGUUGAUUGUUCAGCUAUUCAGCCAAGCCAGCCUUGUUUUCAGCCCGAUUCUUUGACCUCUCAUGCUUCUUAUGCUUUUAACAGCUAUUAUCAGCAGAAUGGAGCCACUGACAUUGCUUGUAGUUUUGGUGGUGCAGGGAUUAAAACAACUAAAGACCCAAGCUAUGAUAAAUGCAAUUAUGCAACCUCUGGGAAAUUUAACGGCACAAACUCUACUGGGCCCAUAUCCAUUCCAUCCACAGUACAGAGCUUCGCCCCCACAUUCACUAACAGAUUGUCUGUGUUUUUCUUUGUUAGUAUUGCAUCUUAUAUCCUUUGAGCUUAUUGGUUUCAUGGCAAUGAAUUUGUAGGGAGUUAUGAUAUCUGUUCAGGCAAUGGAAUUGUGUUAAAUGUUUUGCCCAUAUGUGUGCUUUCUUCUUGGUCUCUGUUCGGAAAUUUAUUGAGAAUUUUGUAGUUUGGCUAAUGGUCUAGGUUUUGAAAUUUUAGCUGAA